AUGGUCUUCUCCACCACCAACCUCUUCAAAGGGAUUGCGUGUCCCAAGGGAGAGAAAUGCGACAUGACAUGCUGCAUCUACGCACACGAUGAGCGAGUCGACGUCGCAGCAUCUCAGCCAACACUCUCGGCUGCGCCAACACACAAGGCUAUCGACCGGCUGACUCAAUCUGCGCAUGACUUCCGGGAGCCCGCAGCGAAGCGGCGGAAGAUCACAUACGAUCGCCUGCAGGACAAGCCACCUAGUCGAGCUGAUCUGAUACGCAAACAAUUGGCAGCCGUGAAGUCAAAGCCGCCUGAGACAUCGUCACGAGAAGAUGCACGUGGCUCUAAGACAGGUGCGGUUCAGGCACAGCCUCCGUCAAGUCUUGCACCUCCAGUCUCUCCACCGCCGAAGAGAUCUACGUCACAGCACGAUAGUACUUCCGCGGCAAACAGUGAACCCGGCAAGGUGAUUGUGAAAGGACCAGACUCCGAGAAAGUCGAAACUCUCAACCCACGGCUAAUAGCGAACGAUCCUGUCGGCCACUCAAAGCGAUCUGCGUUCCUCAAGCGCCUGCACCAGGAAAUGGCCAAACUCAAUUCAAGAGUGGCAGCGGCAGCCAAUGUGGACUUCAAAGCCGUCCUGCACCUGAGUGAGCAGCAGCUCAUCAAGCUAGCAUUGGGCGAGGAAGAGAAAGUCGUGUCACACCAGCCUCAAGUGUACACCAAUGUCAUCAAGCAACGCAUCGCCUCUCUGAUGAAGAUGUCCGUGGAAGACUGGAUCAAGGACCUCAAGCCGAGGAUUGUCAUUCCCGAUUCGAAGCCAUCAAUCAAGGGAGAAAAGCUCAUCGACACAGGCUUGCCACUUGAGCAAGAGCACCUGAUCUUGCCUCAGCUGGUAGCUGAUCAGAAGCCUCUGGCCGCAUUCGGCUACGUGCCAGAACCGCCAACUAUUGAGCAAGCUGCAGAAGCAGCUGCUGCUGUAGAAGCCAGCCAGAAUUGGGAGAUCUGCGACAGAUGCACGGCACGUUUCCAAAUAUUUCCUGAUCGGGAUGAGAAGGGACGAUUGUCUUCAAACGGGCCUUGCAGACAUCAUCCGAAUCGAAAAGUGUUCCCACCGAGAUCAAAAACAGACAAGGAGACGGGCGAUAAGCAGCCAUAUUUCCCGUGCUGCACCGCGGCCGUGGGCGAAGUAGGUUGCACAGAGAGUCCGGAGCAUGUGUUCAAGACCAGCAGUCCUGCACGUCUCGCGGCGACAAUGCCCUUCAUCAAAACGCCCGAGAACGAAGCACCUUCCCGAGAUCGACGGGAUAAGAAGGUGAAUGCAGUCACGUUCGAUUGCGAGAUGGGACAUACAACCAUGGGACUGGAGCUCAUCAGAUUGACUGCUGUGACAUGGCCAGCGGGAGAGCCUCUUCUGGACAUUCUUGUUCGACCACUGGGAGCGGUGAUGGACCUCAACAGCAGGUUUAGCGGUGUGUUCCCUGAGCACUUCGCCGACGCCAUACCUUACGACCAGUGGCUAUCGUCACCUCCGCCGCCUCCACGCGAUGAUGGCGCUAGUCCGGCUUUACCAAUUGUAGACAGUCCUCAGAGAGCCAGGGAGCUUCUCUGCGGUUUCAUCACACCGACCACACCACUUAUCGGACAUGCCAUCGAUAACGACCUCAACACAGUCAGGCUCUGCCAUCCGACUAUUAUCGACACUGUGAUCUUGUACCCUCAUCCCCGUGGUCUUCCGAUGCGGUUCGGGCUCAAGAUGCUGAGCCAGCGCUACUUACAACGCGCGAUUCAGACGGGCGGGUUGCGCGGUCACGACUCCCUUGAGGAUGCGGUAGCAACCGGAGACCUAGUACGGGUGAAGGUCAGGGAGAAGUGGAAGCAAUUGAGAAGCUCAGGGUGGUCGAUCGUCAAUGACCAGCUCCUGCCUCCGCCUCCUCGAAAGCCAAGCGUUGAAGAAGCUGGAAUGGCAAGUGCUGAGCAGCAUGCGAAGGACAUGGUAGGGAAAGCAUUGCACGGAACAAAGCGCAAGAAGCGACCAAGCACAGAUAGUAGUGAGGCCGAGGAUGGUCACUAG